GGUGGACCUCGGCAGCGCCUCCACGCCGCCAGUCUCGGCUCUGGCUCUGGCUCUCGGGCGAGGCGUUGACAGGGACCUGAGAAGCCCUGGCUGGAUGAAUCUGCAGCUUACUUAUACAAGUUACAUCGCGCCUGAGUCUUGAAUUCCAUCGUCGGCUGGGCCAGCGAAGCUUCGGCGACUUCUUUUCUCUUGGCAAUUGCGCCGCCGAAAUUCUCUCGAUCCGACCAGCUGCCAUUGAUAUCCCGCUCCAGCUGCCGCUCCAGCACCGUCAUCUUCUUCGUCUCCUCCGCGCCAUCAUCACCAUGACCGACACCGCCGUCGACACCGCCGCGGCCACCGACCUCGCCGUCGACGUCUCGGCCUCGACCGAAAUCGCCGCCACCAUCGACUCGACGCCGUCCAUCCCGACGCCCUCCAAAGCCCCCAUCGGCGCCGUGCUCGCGGCCGUGCCCUCCAACGCGGACGCCUUCGCCGCCCACCUGCUGCGAUGCAUCCAGACCCGCGCCGGCGCCGACGCCGUGCUGCAGUUCCUCUGCUACUCGUUCAAGCUGUCGGGCUCCGUGCUCGAGACGCUGAGCCGCAACGCGCUCCGCCAAUCGGCGCAGAAGCUCGUCGCCAUGGCCUUCCAGCUGCCGCCCGCCACGACAGUGGUGCUUUCGUCGGCGCCAGCGCCUCCCGGGGCGGCUUUUGCGCUGAGCCUGGCGAAUAAUUUCAAGGCUCUAUCCGGAGUGCUGAGCGAGGCGCGGACGAUUAACCGACUCUGGGGUCUGCUGGGCCUGUAUUUCGGGCUCAAGAGGAUCGUUGCUAGGAUGCGCCCUAAGAAGAUCGAAUCCGAGAAGGAGGGCUCCGGAGCUGUUGUCGAGGCUGCAGCGGCGCCAUUCGAAACCAUCUUCUCGCUCACGCAAAUCGUCACCCUCAUCCUCUUCCAAGUCUUUGAGAAUCUGGCCUUCCUGGGCAGCAAAAAGGCCAUCGACCUCAAGCCCGCAACGAUGGGCAAGUUUGGCCUCCUCAGCGUGCGAUGCUGGGGCACGUACGUCUUUAUGGAGCUCUCCAGGUUGCUGGUGGAGCGCGCCCGCAGCAGCCCCGAAGUCAAGACUGCCGCUUGGGCAAAGACUUGGAACAAGAGCUUCUUCCGCAACUUGGCGUGGGCGCCAUUGACUGUCCACUGGAGCAUUCCCGGAGGAGGACCCCUGCCUGAGGCGCUGGUGGGCUUGCUGGCCAUGUACCCAUCGACAGGGCAGAUGGUCGACCUUUGGCGGGAGACGGCGUAAGGACCGAGAGCCCUUAUUUUUUUUUUUUUCUCUUCUUAGAAGUCCUGGUGAAAGGGGCGAGCACAUCUGUUUUGGUGUUGCGCGAGCGGCUGUGCAACAUAGGAUAGACUUAGGAGAGGGGGGGGGAAGACUCACAGUACACCGAAAGAUUGCCUGUCUUACGACAACGUAUAGAUUUACAGCGGGAAAGGACUAUCCCCGCCGGAGUAAAUGCUGGUAGAAGGUGGGAGAUCUGAUAUGUAGGUAAGCUUCUUGGUCUGUCUUUGCUUCACUGGGGUUUGCAUGUAAUAGCUCUAUUAUAUAUUUGCCAUUUACGUUUAUGAUUUAACGCAUGUACUUC